UUUCUCUUCAAAUGUCUUUGAGCAAGACAGUGAAUCUGAAAUCACUGCAUUUCUAUCAAUGGUAAAAGAACCAUUCUUUGACUGAAUUGGUUUACACCGGCUUUUAUUUAUACUGCUUAUUCCUAUUUAUUUGAUCUUAUCUAUUUUUCCGUACCUACAGUAUGAUCGCCGUGCUUGGUUUUCUCAUGUAAAUGAUUACCACCAAUUCUUCCCAACAGCAGCAUAAAAGAGAGGAGUAAUCGAAAUAAAGGUGUGUCUCGCUCGGAGGGGGCAGAUACUGUAGAUGUACAGAGGUGAGCCUUAACUGGAACUGCAGGACUUCAUGUCACCACCUUUCUUUAAAUUUUCUUUGGUAUGACCGUUAUUGGACUAUUCUUUCAAACCAGAGAGACACCAGCAAUUUUUUCCUGCCCAAUACCAUACAUUAACACUUAUUUUUACCCAGUGCCUAAUUUGUUUCAUGUUGAAACAGCCUUCUUGAGGACAGGGCCUCUUGUAUGUUUAGCUUUUUUCUUUAAGUGGGGCGGAGUUUAAAAGAAAAGAUAUCAUUCAGGGAGGAGCAAUUACUGCUAGUUGAGGCUGUGACGGGGGGGAAGUACUUGCCCGAGAAAGUUGCACAGUUCGGAUCCAGAAGAGAUUUGCCGUCAACUCCUGCAUCAUGAGUUCUGAAACAACUGGACAAACUAUAGUGAAGACAGAGGACGCAGCAGCUGUUGGUACUAAUCCAGCCGCAGUGAAAGAGCAGCGGAAGUGCCCACUGGGUGAUCGUCACAUUCACAGAGAUGAUGUGAGGAAGAUUUGGAAAGAAUGCCAUGAGGAAAGCUUCUGGUACAGAGCUCUCCCCUUCUCUCUGGGCAGCAUGGCUGUCACUGGUGGUCUGAUCUACAAUGGCAUCUGGAAGUCAUCGAAGCGACUUGGUCCCUUUCCAAAACUAGCAGUUGCUGGGAUCCUUGGUUACGCAGUGGGUACAGCAUCUUAUGUUGGAACUUGUCGAAGCAAGUUCCAGGCGGAUGGGUCAGGAUUUGGACCCUGGUCUCAGGGAGGUUUUUCAGGACCUUUCAGUAAAUCUGGUCGUGGACACAGAUCCGGCCACCAUGUGUGUGAAGAGUGUAAGAAAACGGCUCAAGCUGCACCACUGGAAGUGAAAAGUUGAAAGUCAAUGAAUCAUCUCUUUACAGAACAAUGAAAACACAGUGCAAACCAAUCUGAGGUUGGAAUUUAACCAUUGACCAACUACUACAAAUCUACUACAAGUACUCACAAACAUGUUAAAUAGCAAAUUGUAAAGUGAUAACAAAUCUGUCAAGUUAGAAUAAAAGUGAUACAUAUUACAGUGUUAAUUAGUGCUGCUCUCUGUUUCAAUUGUUGAGUUCUGUAUAUUGACACAUGGAUGUUAAAAUUACCUGAAUGCACUGUUCAUGUUUUCCGUUUCAUUUUUCCGACUCAAACACUGGGCUGGCUGUGAGCAUGGCAGGUUAUAAAUACCCAAUGUGAUUUGUAUGAAGCCUCCUUUCAUAUGUUCUGAUAUUGCCCUAAUACUGUACCUGCUAUUUGUUCAUGUCAAACUAUGCACACAGUGCCACUAGAUGGCGCUACUGUCCUUCCAAUCGUUUAUCUUUGUGCAAUGCGUUCUAUUUGGUGAUUAUCUAAAAUAUGAAACUGUUUUGCUCAUUGUCGCAGUUUUAACAAAUAACAUCAUGCAAGGAACCAAUGCAACCAGUGCAGUUUUAAAAAAUAAUUGUAACCAUUGCAUAUAUGCUCAUAUUUGCUUAUCUUGACUAAAUAAACAAAUAAACAGCAUGCUGGACACAAAAUA